AACGUAUCAAAUUCAGUUCAAAAGUUUUCCCCUAAAGUUCACACACGUUUCCACUCUCUCUCUCUCCCUCUCUAGAAAGGUCACAGGCAUCCCCAAAUUGUACCUUACUCCCAACCACCACAGAAAUGUCAAAAGUCUCUCUACAGCUUCCAAUAAACCUCCUCCUCCUCUCUUUCCCCAACCUUAUUUAGGUCUUGCUUUCAAAUUUCAGUGAGAUUUAUCGCUAAUUGAGUGACCAAUUAGCGUGAUCUGGGACAUGUCUGUGGAGUCGGGCUCGGGUUCAUCAGCUGAGGGCGGAAACAUCAGAGGGACUCCCACCCACGGUGGACGCUACGUCCAGUACAAUGUCUACGGUAACCUGUUCGAAGUUUCCAGAAAGUACGUCCCUCCGAUUCGCCCCGUCGGCCGCGGCGCUUACGGCAUCGUCUGUGCUGCUAUGAACUCGGAGACACGUGAAGAAGUUGCUAUUAAGAAGAUUGGUAAUGCAUUUGACAACAGAAUAGAUGCAAAGAGGACACUACGAGAGAUUAAGCUUCUUCGCCACAUGGACCAUGAAAAUGUUAUUGCUCUCAAAGACAUUAUUCGGCCUCCACAAAAGGAAAACUUCAACGAUGUUUACAUUGUUUAUGAAUUGAUGGACACUGAUCUUCAUCAGAUAAUUCGCUCCAACCAAUCUUUGAAUGAUGAUCAUUGUCGGUAUUUUCUGUAUCAAUUGCUACGAGGACUCAAAUAUGUUCAUUCUGCAAAUGUCUUGCAUCGUGAUCUGAAACCCAGCAAUUUGCUUCUGAAUGCAAAUUGUGACCUAAAGAUUGGAGACUUCGGACUUGCAAGGACAACCUCUGAAACAGAUUUCAUGACUGAGUAUGUUGUUACUCGGUGGUAUCGGGCACCAGAAUUGCUUCUUAAUUGUUCAGAGUACACUGCAGCGAUCGAUAUUUGGUCAGUAGGUUGCAUUCUUGGUGAAAUUAUGACCAGACAACCCCUGUUCCCUGGGAAAGAUUAUGUCCAUCAGCUUAGACUUAUAACAGAGCUCAUAGGUUCACCUGAUGACGCGAGUCUUGGGUUUCUCCGAAGUGAUAAUGCCCGAAGAUAUGUCAGACAACUUCCGCAAUACCCACGGCAACAAUUCUCUACUAGGUUCCCCAAUAUGUCUCCUGGAGCUCUGGAUUUACUCGAGAAAAUGCUUGUCUUUGACCCUACCAGGCGCAUUACUGUUGAUGAGGCACUAUGCCACCCCUACUUGGGCCCUCUUCAUGAUAUCAAUGAGGAACCUGUUUGCCCUAGGCCUUUCAGUUUUGAUUUCGAGCAGCCAUCCUUCACUGAGGAGAAUAUCAAGGAACUCAUAUGGAGAGAAACAGUAAAAUUCAAUCCGGAUCCUCCAAUUCAAUGAGGAAAUGUGGUUAUGUGAUUUACAACGUUAGAUGUCGGGCAUGAUUCCCUUGUAUAUUUACUAAGUUCGUAAUGAAUCCUCAGAGGAAAAAUAAAUGUAGAUGUUGGGGCUUACCAACAACAGGUUUUUCAUUACAAGUUCUGUUUUCUUAUCCUUGUAUUUCGUUUAGCAUUCAGAUGCUGUAGAUAGGAGCUGAAGCAGAAUUUCUCUGGUGGAUUCCUGCGGAAAAGAAUUCCCCUUCAUUGUUUGUUGGUGUGUUCUCUUCUAGGUAGCAGAAUUAGGACAUGGGCUACUGCCGAGUUGCUGUUUUCUCCUCUAUCCUUACGAUUGUGUUCACUUUUGUAGGACUUUUGCUACUUAAUUGUGAUGAGACAGGAAGUAUGUGUAUAUAAAGACAUGUAUGGAUCUUAUUUGCA